AUGGAGAAAAGUGGUGUUCUCUUCUUGGGUAUCAUCUUCCUGGUUCUGAUUGGAGCUCAAGGAAUCCCAGUAAUGAGGAAAGGACGCUGCUCCUGCAUUGAAACCAACCAAGAGAAGAUCCAAACACAAUCCUUAAAAGACCUUCAACAAUUUGCUCCAAGCCCUUCCUGUGAGAAAACAGAAAUUAUUGCUACAUUGAAGAAUGGGGAUCAAACAUGUCUAAACCCAGAUUCAAAAGAUGUGAAAAAGAUGGUGAAAGACUGGGAGAAACAGGUCAGCCAAAAGAAAAAGCAAAACAAAGGCGGAAAACAUCAAAAAAUCAAGAAAGUUAAAAAAGUUAGGAAAUUUCGGCAGCAGCACCAUAAGAAGCCUACAUAA